UCGCGAGGUUCCCACACACAAUCUUGCGGUAUUGCCCUGACUUAGCCACCCUCCAUCGAAACGCGUCCUUUUGACCCACGAAACUUCUCCAUCAUCCUUGCUAUUCUCCCUUUGCCCCUCCGAUCUUUCUCAGCAAUCUCAAUAGAACCAUUAAUUUUUUCGUGUUUCGGAGAUCGAUCAGAGCUUCUCUUUAUCUAUUCUCUGAGAUGAUUUGAUCGCCACCCUAGGGUUGUAGUUGGCCGGGUAAUUUUUGAUACUUUUGGUUUUAAUUCGUCUAUGCUUUUUGUCGCAAGCAGAAGAUGUAUAGCAACUUUAAGGAGCAAGCAAUAGAGUACGUGAAACAAGCUGUGCAGGAAGAUAACGCUGGUAAUUAUGCAAAAGCGUUUCCUUUGUAUAUGAAUGCUUUGGAGUACUUCAAGACCCAUUUGAAGUACGAGAAAAAUCCCAAGAUCAAAGAAGCGAUUACGCAGAAAUUCACCGAGUAUCUUCGGCGGGCUGAGGAGAUUCGAGCGGUUCUUGAUGAUGGAGGGACUGGCCAGGCCUCCAAUGGGGAUGCUGCAGUAGCUACGCGGCCUAAGACCAAACCGAAAGAUGGGGAAGGGGAUGGGGAGGAUCCAGAGCAGUCAAAGCUCAGGGCUGGACUGAAUUCAGCGAUCAUUCGAGAGAAACCCAAUGUGAAGUGGAACGAUGUUGCUGGACUGGAGAGCGCCAAGCAAGCUUUGCAGGAGGCGGUUAUUUUACCUGUGAAGUUCCCGCAAUUUUUCACCGGUAAAAGACGACCCUGGAGGGCAUUCUUGUUGUAUGGCCCGCCUGGAACUGGGAAAUCAUAUUUGGCCAAGGCUGUUGCAACUGAAGCUGACUCCACAUUUUUCAGUGUUUCUUCAUCAGACCUGGUUUCUAAGUGGAUGGGUGAAAGUGAAAAGCUAGUUUCAAACCUUUUCCAAAUGGCUCGAGAAAGUGCGCCUUCCAUCAUAUUUGUUGAUGAAAUAGAUUCUUUAUGUGGUCAGCGUGGAGAAGGCAAUGAGAGUGAAGCGUCAAGGAGAAUCAAAACUGAACUUUUAGUGCAGAUGCAGGGUGUAGGGAACAAUGAUCAGAAAGUUCUUGUUCUUGCAGCAACAAAUACACCGUAUGCUCUUGAUCAGGCCAUAAGGCGGCGUUUUGACAAGCGAAUAUACAUACCACUACCAGAUUUGAAGGCUCGCCAACAUAUGUUUAAGGUGCAUUUGGGUGAUACUCCUCAUAAUUUGAGUGAAAGUGAUUUUGAGCAUUUGGCUCGUAGGACAGAGGGUUUUUCAGGUUCAGACAUAUCUGUCUGUGUUAAGGAUGUUUUAUUUGAGCCUGUUCGGAAAACCCAAGAUGCCAUGUUUUUCUUCAAGAAUCCCGAGGGUAUGUGGAUACCUUGUGGACCAAAGCAACAGGGUGCUCUACAGAUCACCAUGCAGGAUCUUGCUGCAAAAGGAGUUGCGUCCAAGAUCCUUCCACCACCCAUUACGAGAACAGAUUUUGACAAGGUACUGGCGAGACAAAGGCCUACAGUGAGCAAAGCUGACCUUGAGGUUCAUGAGAGAUUUACUAAAGAGUUCGGAGAAGAAGGUUGAUUCGAUAGAAUUUCACUCAAAGGAUUUGUGUUUAGAAAUAUCAUGACUUGUAAUCUCUUGAGUGGAUCAAAUGAAAUGCAUCUUUCUUGAAGUUCAUUUUCGGGAUUUAAACUCCCCUUCACACGGAGAUGAAUCUUUGAAGGUGAAAAUUAUUUUACUCUCCAAGACUCUGUAUGUGAACAAUCUUCUGAAGUGAUUCGAGGAACAGUUUCUAGUGUACCCGUCA